CAGGCCGCGUGAGUGGGCGAUCUAAGUUGAUUGUCGUGUCAGUCCACAGUGAGAGGCGCGGGCGUCGAACGCUGACUUGCCGGCCUCCAAAUACCAACCGACGUUCACCUUUGAACCAUAACAAAGAAAACUCGACCUUAGAUCGUUACGAUAAAGUCGCUUUUCAAAUCUCAACUGUUUUAUGGUGUAGUGACCCCGUUGCCGAAAACCAGUGAAUUCAGUGUUGUGAAAAUGAAUGAAGACAAUACAGUAUCGGACGAUAUGAAAAGGCAGGCUGCAAUGUUCUAUAACAGCACACAAAGAGAGCAGUCCAAAGACCAUCAGAUGUCAUGGUGCUUCUGGCGGCGGAGACGGCUGGUGGUGGCGAUACUGGCAUUCUUCGGGUUCUUCAACGUAUACGCGCUGAGGGUCAACCUGUCAGUAGCUGUGGUCGCCAUGACAGAACCUGUGGAGACCAAGCUGGAAAAUGGCACUAUUGUUUAUAUUCCAGAGUUUGACUGGAGCUCUCAAACCAAGGGUCUGGUGCUGAGUUCCUUCUUCUAUGGGUACCUGAUCACGCAGCUGCCUGGCGGCUGGCUCGCUGCUAAAAUAGGAGGUAACAGGGUGUUCGCGAUAGGCAUUGGCGCGACAUCUUUGCUAACUCUCUUCACACCGCCGCUUGCGCACACCAGUACUGCGCUCUUGAUAGCUGUCAGAGUGGUCGAAGGACUGUUUGAGGGUGUGACAUACCCGUGCAUCCACGCAGUAUGGUCUCGCUGGGCGCCGAGCUCGGAGCGGGCUCGACUGGCGACCUUUGCCUUCAGCGGCAGCUACGCCGGGACUGUGGUCUCCAUGCCUAUAUGUUCCUUGUUAGCACACUAUACUGGCUGGCCGGGGAUCUUUUAUGUUUUUGGCCUCUCGGGUUUGAUAUGGACAACGAUAUGGUGGCUCGUCGUUAAGGAAUCUCCUGAGAAAGAUCCUCACAUCAGUCCCGCAGAACUUAAGUAUAUACAGGACUCCCGCGGCACUCAAGCAGUGGAAGGCUCAAAGAUCCGUCACCCGUGGAAAGCGAUGCUAACGUCGGGGCCGGUGUGGGCGAUCGUCAUGGCACACUUCAGUGAAAACUGGGGCUUUUAUACGCUGCUCACUUUCCUGCCUACUUUUAUGCAAGAUGUAUUCAAAUUCGAGACAUCACAAACCGGCUUCUUAUCGGCCGUACCGUACCUAGCGAUGGCGAUAGUACUACAAGUCGCCGGCCACGCGGCUGACUGGCUGCUGCGAAGAGGCAUCAUGUCUAGAACUAAUAUUAGGAAGCUGUUUAAUUGCGGAGCUUUUUUGUCACAGACGGUGUUCAUGGUAGCGGCGGCUUACUCGACCACUGUAACUGGGUGUAUAGUGUUCCUCACUGUUGCAGUUGGCCUUGGAGGAUUCGCCUGGUCAGGAUUCAGCGUGAACCACUUGGACAUAGCGCCGCCUCACGCCAGCGUGCUCAUGGGCCUGUCUAAUACUAUCGCCACUCUGCCUGGCAUCAUCAGCCCGCCGCUAGCAGGAUCUAUUGUUACUGAUAAGACAGCAGACCAAUGGCGCAUAGUAUUCUUCAUCUCCAGCGCCAUCUAUCUACUCGGCGCAGCUGUGUACGGCGUCCUCUGCUCCGCCGAGCUACAGCCCUGGGUGCUCGAGCUCGAUACCGACGCCAGCUUCGAUACCGACGCCGACACACUGUCAACGCCCGCCGGACUCGAUAACAAGGGACUGGAGUACCAGAAUGAUAUGUAACACCAAGAAAAAUUAUAAAAAUGACAAAAACUUCGAAGAAAACUGCAAAAAUUGCGUUAUAAAUUGAAAGUUUUGAGAUUUUUUGCAUUAUUUUUAUGUUGUUGUCGUCUGUAUAGACACCUGUAUCCUUCUAUAAGUUAGUAAGAACAGUAAAAUGUAACAUUUUCUAUCAAAAAAAUCUCUUGGCGCCCUAUAUUUCGCGGAACUACAGCCCUGGGUGCUCGAGCUCGAUACCGACGCCAGCUUCGAUACCGAUGCCGACACACUGUCAACGCCCGCCGGACUCGAUAACAAGGGGCUGGAGUACCAGAAUGAUAUGUAACACCAAGAAAAAUUAUAAAAAUGACAAAAACUUCGAAGAAAACUGCAAAAAUUGCGUUAUAAAUUGAAAGUUUUGAGAUUUUUUGCAUUAUUUUUAUGUUGUUGUCGUCUGUAUAGACACCUGUAUCCUUCUAUAAGUUAGUAAGAACAGUAAAAAAGUCGCAUUUUCUAUCAAAAAAAUCUCUUGGCGCCCUGUACUCCGCCGAGCUACAGCCCUGGGUGCUCGAGCUCGAUACCGACGCCAGCUUCGAUACUGAUGCCGACACACUGUCCACGCCCGCCGGACUUGAUAACAAGGGGCUGGAGUACCAGAAUGAUAUGUAAAACCAAGGAAAAUGACGAAAACUUUUAAGAAUACUGCAAAAAUUGCGUUAUUAGCUGAAAAUUUUGUGAUUUUUUGCAUAUUGUUUAUGUUGUUAUCGGCUGAAUAGACACCUAUUUCGUAGGAUAAGUUAGUGAAAACAGUAAAAAUUACGCAUUAUCUAUCAAAAAUAUAAUUUCUGUCGUUUGAUCUUCACGCCAGCUUCGACACCGAUGCCGACACACUGUCCACGCCCGCCGGACUCGAUAACAAGGGACUGGAGUACCAGAACGAUAUGUAAAAGCAGGAAAAAAUAUAAAAAUGACGAAAACUUUGAAGAAAAACAGCAAAAAUUGCGUUAAAAGUUGAUAAUUUUGUAAUUGUUAUGUUGUUAUCGUCCGAAUAGUCGCUUAUAUCCUAGUGUAUAAGUUGGUGAAAACAGUAAAAAAGACGCAUUUUCUAUCAAAAAUAGAAUUCUGUCGUUUGAUCUUCACGCCAGCUUCGAUACCGAUGCCGACACGCUGUCAACGCCCGCCGGACUCGAUAACAAGGGGCUGGAGUACCAGAAUGACAUGUAAAACCAGGAAAAGUGAUUAAAAUGUAGGAAGGAAAAACAAUGAACCACAAUAAUGACGGAAACUCGGAAGAAAACUACAAAAAUGGCGUCAUAAGUUGCAUAUUUGCUAAUUUUCAUAUUGUAAUCGGUUAUAUAGACACCUGUAUCCUAGGAUAAGUUAUUGAUAACAGUAAAAAAGUCGCAUUUUCUAUCAAAAAAAUCUCUUGUCGCCCUGUAUACUUUGCCGAACUACAGCCCUGGGUGAUCGAGCUCGAUACCGACGCCAGCUUCGAUACCGAUGCCGACACACUGUCAACGCCCGCCGGACUGGAUAACAAGGGACUGGAGUACCAGAAUGAUAGGUAAAAGCAGGAAAAGCUAUAAAAAUGACGAAAUCUUGGAAGAAAACUGCAAAAAUGGCGUUAUAAGUUGAAAAAUUUGUGUUUUUUUGCAUAUUUUUUAUGUUGUUAUCGGCUGUAUAGACACCUAUAUCAUAGUAUAAGUUAGUAAGAUCAAUGAAAUGUAACAUUUUUUAUCAAGAAAAUCUCUUGGCACCCUGUACUCCGCCGAGCUGCAGCCCUGGGUGCUCGAGCUGGAUACCGACGCCAGCUUCGAUACCGAUGCCGACACACUGUCAACGCCCGCCGGACUCGAUAACAAGGGGCUAGAGCACCAGAAUGAUAUGUAACAGCGAGAAAAAAUGACAAAAACUCAGAAGAAACCUACAAAAAUGGCGUUUUGCGUUGUAAUUUUUUGGGAUUUUUGCAUAGUUUUAAUUUUGUUAUCGGCCGUAUAGACACUUAUAUCCUGGUAAAACCAAGAAAAAAUAUCAAAAUGACGAAAACUUUGAAGAAACCUACAAAAAUGACGGGUGGAAAAUGGCGUUAUAAUUUUGUGAUUUUUUUUAUUUAUGCCGUUAUCGUCCGAAUAGUCGCUUAUAUCCUAGUAUAAGUUGGUGAAAACAGUAAAAAUGGUGCAUUUUGUAUCAAAAGAAUAUUUUGGCGUCGUACUUCGACCUGACUUUUGCCCGACCGCCGACACACUUUGUGACAUGUAAAACCAAGACAAAUUAUCAAAAUGUAGGAAGAAAAAAUUUAUGAAUCAAAAAAUAGACGAAACUUGGAAGAAAACUACAAAAAUGGUGGAAAAUGAGUUGAAAAUUGUUGCAAUUUUUGUGUUUUUUUGCAUAUUGUUUAUGUUGUUAUCGGUUGAAUAGUCGCUUACAUUCUAGGACAAGUUAGUAUGUACAGUAAAAUAUUGUGUAAUUACUAUAAAAAAUUACGGAAAAAUGAUGUUCAAUUUUUUUUAAUUUUCAUGUGAUUGUGUGCUUAUUACGUUUUUAUUAUUAAGCAAUGAUAAAAUAUAUUUUUUAAUUAAGACGUUUAAUUAAGUGUAUCAUCACAGUUAUCGGAUUUGAUCUUGACCACAAUUAUAUUUUAUCCUACUAAUAUUAUAAAUUUUCCAGUAAAAGAGUUUAUUCUUACUAUGUAAUGCUAUUCACUUAUAAUGUAUAGUUAGUUGCCAGUGUGCUUAUUUGCUUGCGUGUAAAUAUUAUUUUAGUAUUAUUAAGAAUGUAUUAUUGUAUAAAAGCUCUGUAUUUUUAUGUUACUUUGCAUAAGUGGAUGCAAUUUUCAUGUGAAUCAACUAAAUUAUAAAACGUCUUCAGGUUUAAAAGAACCUAAAAUAUCAUCAUCUGUCUAGCCUUUUUCCCAACUAUGUUGGGUUCGGCUUCCAGUCUGACCGGAUGCAGCUGAGUACCAGUGCUUUACAAGGAACGACUGCCUAUCUGACCUCAACCCAGUUACCCGGGAAACUUAAAUGAUUCGGUUAUCAUUACAGUUAAAAGAUUUUUUGUGUAUAUUUGGUUUGGCAGGUAAUCAAAUGCUUGUUACAAUUUUAUUGAGUACUUUAAAGAUCUGUUUAUGUAUAUGAAUUUAAAAUAUUGAUUGUGAUAAUUUUAGUUUUUAAGUUUUAAAUAAAAUAUUUUCAUAAGUUCUGCUGUAGCUUUAGAAAUUAGAUCUCUCAUUACAUACAACAACCGUUCAACACGCUUAUAAUAAAUUGAAGACAAAAAAUAAACUAUAUUUUUUGCAUUUUUGUUUAAAAGCAGAAAGGACGUUUUGAAUUGACUGCACGUGUAGCUGCCUUUUCGAACCAAAAUGGUUUUAUGUAAAUACGUAUAAACCAGGGGCCCGAUUCUCCUAAGUUAAUAAUGUCAAAAUUGAAUCGCAGUAGCAGUUCUAACCUUAGCGGGCAUUCUGCUCCUAAUAUAUAUAAGACCAAUAGUAUUUCAGUGACAUUCGACUGGUUUGCUAUUGGUCUGCCAUUUGGUCUACACGGUAGUUUGCUCUACAAUCAUAUUGCAAUCGUAAAUAAUUUGCAGACAAUAUGAUUCAUUAUUGAAUCACAGAAACGGAUAAACGUUUAUUUAAAAGAAAUAUUGGUAUGCCACAUACGCUUCAAUCGUAAUUGAGUCGUGAUUGGAUCUCAGUCGGAUGUGGAUCGUAUGUCGCUUAAGUAGUAGAAUCGGCGUCCCAGUAGUGCAGCUGCGGCUGAUUUCAUGCAUGUGCGGUACCUUAAGUUAAUCCUAAGUUUCGACUACAUUUUCAUAUCGUGCCAAUCAAAAAUGAACCUUAUUCUCAUAUAGUUAAACUAUUAGUUUUAAGAAUGACUCAUAUUAUCUUUUUGUAGGUAUGUAAGCUCGCUUUGGAUGUUACCAUAAUGCUGCAUGUAUUGAAUAAAGGAUAUAAUUAUUUUGUACGUGAUGUGAAUUUGAAAUUGUAUUAAAGUUAUUGAAUUUA